AUGUCUAAGCGGCUGCGGCUUUCAAUCUUCUCACGGAAAGACAGAGACAUAAUCAGUUCUCUCCCUGACUCCAUUCUUUACCACAUUCUCUCAUUUCUUCCGACUAAAGACGCUGCUGCCACAAGCGUCCUCGCUAAACGGUGGAAACCACUAUGGUUCUCACAGCUCAACCUCCACUUCGACGACAAAUACUUCCCAGACGCAUUCGCCUUUCGUCAAUUCCUCUACUCCAUCAUCACCAUUCGAGAUAACACUCUACCAAUCCAUUCAUUCCACCUUACCUGUUGUCACCACGGUUUCUACUACAGAAAAGAUUUCUACAAUGCUGUUUAUGCCGCAAUUACACGACGAGUUCAAAACCUCAGCAUUGAUCUCUGUUACCAUGACCGCUACGGCAUAAUGAGAUUGCCUACUUUGGUUCUAACUACCAAAACCUUGUCAGUCCUCAAAUUGAAGAGAGUAAAACUAAUAAUGAAGAAGAAGGAUCAUGAUGUUGUUGUUGAUCUUCCCUAUCUCAAAGUUCUUCACUUAGAAUCUGUCUGUUUCACAUAUUAUCAAGAUAUCAUCAAACUUCUUUCUGGCUGUCCCAUUCUAGAGGACUUCCAAGCAAAGGAUUUAAUCGUAAAGUCUUCGCGAUUAAAUCCUUUGCUUCCUAGCGGUAGAGAUGCUCUAAGCAUUUCCAAUUUGGUCAGAGCUAACAUUUCCUCUGCUGGUAUUGAGCUUGAUUGGCUUCGUAACGCCCACCAUCUCCGCAUACAAGUGUGGAGGAACUAUUGUUUAAAUGGCAUGUUUCACAACUUAGCCUAUAUGGAGCUGACAUUCAAAUUACCCUAUCCAACGGGGUUUACGAAGUGGACCUGGCUGACAAAACUUCUUCAAAAAUCUCCCAAGCUACAAACUCUUAUCAUUGAUGAGAUUAAUGUUGAUACAAUUCCAUAUUACAAUUGUGGAGAAUGGAGGGAACCAAGAACCGUUCCAGAAUGCCUUUCAUCUCAUCUUACAACAUGCACAAUUAGAAAUUAUAGCCGCUUCAACUGCGGGUGUAUAGGAUAUGUUGAAGAAGUUGCACAUAAGAUGGGCAAGAACAACUCCCUUAUGUUUCAAUGGCCGUGGAAUGGAUGCUUACAGGCAUUCCUUGCUUUCUGUUCUGAUGAAUCAGUCUCCUCUAAGGCUUCCCUUGAUUUAUCCAUUAAUCAAUCACACUUCAAGUCCAACGUGAAUACCCUCCAGAAAUGCAAUGUACAGAGUACAAUAGUGGCUCCAAAUACUGAUGUUGAUGAUCUUCAGGCAGAUACUUUUAAUAAGGAUAGUGAUAAUUUAAUAGAUGAUUUGGAACUAAGAUUCUCAUAUAUCACUACCUCACCCGAAGGAAGCUCUGAAGACGAUGCGAGGAAUUCCUCACAAAAACUUGAUUCCUCUUCUAUUUGGUUAUUUUUGUAUUUCACAAUAAUGCCAUAUGCUGUAUCUUAUGUACCAAGUUGA